AUGCAUGGAAUCAAAAAGAAUAAUCUCAGCAUCCGCCUUACUGAGUCUGCUGUAUUUCUGAGGACCGAUGACUCGUCUGGAAGAAAUCCCAACAGUGAAGCACGGCCUUCCAUUUUACGUGGUUUGCUCAUUCUUGAGCUCGCCAGGCCGACCAAGAUAACUAGUAUUGACCUUAAACUCCAAGCUACGUCUUCUACAGCCUGGCCAGAAGGUUUUGGUGCCCGGCGAGUAGAUGUCACAGAGGACAACAAAGUUUUCUCCGUGUCUACUGGACUAUUCAAUGCCGGCCCGCCUCCCCGUCGGACCAUGUCCGUUGGCCCCGGCUUGAUAGGCUACAACGAUGAAGCCUUUGAUGAAUAUGACGACGACCAUCUCGAACAGGCUAGCCAUUCCGAAGAUGCUCUUUAUAUGGCAGAUACCGCAAAUACAAGUCGAUACCUAAGGGCGCAGCGUCGCGUCAGUGUCGACAGAAAUCCCUCCAUAUUCGCUGCAGUGCUCCCGUCAUCGUCAGGCUCGUUGCCCACACCUCCACAUUCGUCUCCUUCCGUGGAACGUCCGACGAUAAGUCCCGCUCACUCUGCAGGACAUCUCGAGACGGUGGAUGAGAACCCUGCAAAUACCUUGAUAGAUCUGCGAAACACCCUGAGGGCUGACUUGAGUCGUGGCAGAGGAAGGUUGUCAUCUUUUUCACAAGGUCCUUCGCGUGCCUUACCUCCAAACCCACCCGUCAUUCACUCUUCGUCAUCUAGUCUGCGUUCGUGGCAACCCGUCUCGAGAGAUGGAUCACGUUCCAGACGUGUGAGCAUAGACGAAUCCUUUGAGUCCGGCCCUAACACCACGCAGAACUCUCCCCAGCUGUCACCGCUGCGAGUUCCCAGCUCAUCAGACAUGCGAAGUCCCAGCGAAUCCCGUGGUCGUAGGAAAGUAUCCGGUUUCAGUCUCUCUUCAGUAUCCAACGCCAUAAUGGAUGUCGUACGAUCAAGUUCACCAAGGAACAGGCGUCCUUUUGGAGCUGGCAGUCGUUCGACUGAGCGGGAUUUGCAUCUGGAUGAUCUUUCGUCGAGAGGACGGACACGCGAGAAAGGAAAGCCGACAUUGACCGCCAACGAUGAUUGUGUUGAACUGUCGCGCUCGAGACAGAACGGCUGGUCAAAGGAACGGCUGACGCUUGGUGUCAUCGGAGAUAUCUUGAAGCCAGACGCGGACGAUAGGAUUGAUGGUGAGCGAUGGCGAGAAUUCAAAGCAGGUACAUAUACCUACCCGAUAUCAUUCACAAUACCCGGAAAUGCACCUCCCACUCUACAAUGUAAUUUCGGUUCCAUAUCGUGGACUAUCUCCGCAAAUGUCCACCGCCCUGGGACUUUCAAGACGAAGCUGUCCGCUCAGCGCGAGAUCGUCGUUGUAUCUUGUCCAACCGAGGAGGACACAGAAGACACCGAGAAUAUUAUCGUGGAGCGCCAUUGGGACCAGCAAUUGCAGUACCUUAUAACGAUAUCCGGCAGAAGUUUCUACAUCGGUGGCACGAUUCCCAUUUCCUUUACCAUGAUGCCUCUCACGAAGGUAAAAAUACACCGUUUGUCAGUGUUCAUCGAAGAGAAAGUGGAGUAUCUUGCACACUUCAAACGUGUUGCGCGAACAGAUCCGAUUACCCACGUCCAGCUUCUCGGUGUAAAGCACGAAGGGCGGCACUCAGGUCCGAUACUACCUUUGGAGUCGGAUGACAUAGACGCCUUCAAGAAUUCGCCUUUACAUGCUCUAGUUAAUCCUGAAGACGACGUGUCGGAACUUGCAUCAAGCUGGAUGGGACCUGGACCGUGGGCAAUCCAGCGCGAUCUACAACUUCCUACGUCCUGCCGCAUGCUACACUUCACGAACAAAAACAAAAAGAGCAAUAUCAAUGUUACUCACACGCUGAAAUGUGUUAUUCGGGUAGAAACUGGUGACUCGAGUGCAAUUGAUCCCAAGACGGGAAGACGGAAACUCUUCGAUAUCGUGGUGCAGACACCAAUCAUGAUCUUAUCCUGUCGCUGCAAUCCAGAAUGGUCAUCUCUACCUCAUUACACAAAGUCUUUUGAGGAUCCCACUUCUGUCGCAGUCCAGUGUCCGUGUCAGCACCUCUCCCUUGAGCGGGUGCGGGACAAGGAGAGGGAACGCGAGCGCGAGCGUCAUCCUCUGCCUGAUGUCGUGGGACCGUUCAAUGGGCUGGAAAGAAUUGGUUCUGGUCGAUCUUCCGAUGAUUCUAGUGCAUCGACGGUGGAGGCUAGUCCGUUGGAUCCGACCUCGAUGCGGUCACUGCGUCAGGCAGAGGAGGCGAUGGAUGAAAGUACUCUAUAUGAACGGCUGGUUUCGGGACAGCAGAGUAUAAUGGGAGAGGCGCCCCCCGCAUAUGAUAGCAUUUUGAAACGGGUUACUGGACAGUUGUAUGAAUAG